CGCGCUAUACCAGUCGUCUGCUAUUGAACGACGCAGACGAUUAUGUUGCCAAGACACUGAUGACCCUUUAAGGUCGGAUCGGACUCUUUGGACUACUUCUUUCCAUGAGAAAAUAAAAACUGUUUCUGGACAUCCUUUUGUUAUUGACUACUACGAGGAUCGUUUAACUCGUGUUUGUGUUAUGUUUUAAAUUCAUCUUAGGCAGUCAUUGUGAUAUUGACCGAAUAUGAAGUUCAAUUGUUUGAGUGUGCUGUGCCUGAGUCUGGUGUGGUGUCUCACGCAGGAACGUGGAAUAGCCGAUGAUAGCUUAAAAGUGUUCACAGAUACAUAUCGUGAAAAGGACGACAUCGACGACUUCAUCGAUCUUGACGACCCCUUCUACCACGACAGCGUCCUACCACCGACGAACAUCCAAACAGCGGACACGAAAAUUACCGUGAAGUCGCCAACGACAACCAAACCUGACGUGAACAUCCAGGUGGAGGAUGGUUUCGAUGUCAGUGACGCCGACGUCGUUGGAGGUGACGACGACGAUGUUAACGAGGUCUCCGGGGCUGGGUCUGGGUCGGGUUCUGACGGCGAUACUGCCAGCAACACACUCAACAUCACCACCUUGACAGCAACUGACAACCCUGCUGGAAUAAAGCUGACUCCGUCCACAGAGAAGGCGGAAGAGUCUACGUCUGCUCACCAAGCAGAAGAGAAACAAGAAGAGGGUGCAACAAAUGGACCUCUUCUGUCUCAAGUGUUCACCAGUACAAAUAAAACAACUGAUGGGGAUUCAGCCUUGGAUGACAUCGAGGAAGAAGGAGCGGCAGACAACUCUAUUCUAGAUUUCGAUAUUAAGGAAGGCGGAGAAGAUGAAGAAGAAGACAAUCAUUUUGCAGUGACAAAAUCACCGCCAUCUACAACCAAGUUACCACCCACGCAUACUCCGGAAAUAACACGACUUUUGGUACAUAUUAACGAACAAGAAGGUGAUUCCGAUGUGUUUUCCGAUCCAGGCGCUGGAGACGGAAACCCGUGUGAUGACGUCACAUGUCUUUACGGCGCUGUCUGUGUGACGGACGGCUCGAACAUCAACUGUUCGUGCGUGUUCAACUGCUCCGUGGAACCCCACUACCCUGUGUGUGGCUCCAACAGGAUACUCUACCCGAACAGUUGUGAAAUGAGACAGAUGUCUUGUGGGAUGCAGAAGGAGAUAACUCCUGUCGAGCUGAAUCAAUGUGGAAUACAAACAUCAACUCACAGCGAGAUGUGUCCGGAACAGCAAGCUAAAGCUUAUUGGACAAACUGGUCGCCGUGGCUCGCUUCCGGUGACGUGGACGUCCGCUUCCGGUCAUGUAACAUACAGGGGACGUCACUCGGUAAAAUAGCUUCGUGUAAUGGUCCACGAAUCGAAGUUAAAGCGUGUAGCAUCCGCGAAGCAGGCACGUGCAGACUGUGGAACGGGACAAACACCAGCAAGUUUGAAUAUCAGUGCGAUGGGAUAGACAUCAGGGAUACACCCAAUUCAGAUAUGGUUUUUGGAGCUGCGGCUAAUGAAGGUGAGUGUUCAUAUUCACUCUUUGAUCUGAAACGAGGCAAGAUGGUGUUCUCGCAGUUUAGUUUGGCGCAGGUCAUCUCGAAAGGUCACAUCCGGAAAUGGUGCGACAAGCCGGAUCUGUUUCUCGUUCUCAACACCCCACAGCUCGUCUGUAAGCGCCACCUGCAGGAAAUCUGCAAAUCCACCCGGAAGUGCAAGGGCUCCAGGAUGGCCCGGAAGCAGCGUAACCUCGGCGAUUUUGCGCACAAGUGCUGGAAGGAUUUCAUCUACGGCAGUAGAAUCCCCAGUGGGCUGUCAGAGAUCGACUCGCAGUACUCCUUCAUCUGCCAGAGGUUCGCCAAGGAAAGCAAUUACGGGAAAGUGUUCGGCUACAAGAACGCCUACUUUGGAACCAUCUUCGACACGAAGAACAGGAUCCCAGUCGCAUCUCUGGCUAAAGUGUCAUUCCUUGGCGAUGAGUCCUGGCCACAGACUCCAUUCAUGAUUGAACGAGGGUUGGUGGAGAACGUGUUGACGUACACGUGGUUUUAUGAGAAGCAGCGUGGGAUGGUCGCCAUGUCGGACAUCUCGAAAUGCGACCACAACUGGGAGUGCGCACUCGGCAUGAAACAGGCGCUUCCGGUCGACUACGAGAUGUCCGGAUACCGCACUGCUCAUCUUGUCUGGCCGGAACUUGUCAACGGAAACGUCGACACCAAGUUGUCUACCUUUGCUCUGACGAACACCGCUCCGAUGCAUACGUCUCUGUACACAGCCUGGCGACACGGGAUUCAGCAGAUGCGAAAGUACGCCCUCACUCGAUGUCACGUGCCUACAUCACGUGACAUUCUCAACAGGACCAACCACCCGGAACUGUACGUCGUGUCUGGGGCGGUACCGUCUGCCAACCCGCCAGAAACGAUCGGAUAUGACGUCAACGUCCCGUUCCUGUUCUGGACGGCCGCCUGCUGCGUGCGAGACGGGGGCCACGUGGAGUCGUUCGCGAUAUACGCCAGGAAUAUGAUCAACAGCCCUGUUAUCGUGGCGCCCAUACUACAACUGGAGACGUUACUGCAGGACAUAUACAAAGUGAAGCCGCGAGACUUGCACCUUAAGAUUUAUCCGGCGGGUGACGGGAAGUGCGGGGAACUCAGAAACGACGUCUCUCGUUCCAUUGAUUUGUAAUAUACAUACACGUUUCAGUUUUCUCUAUUUUGUUCUGUACAAUUACGAAAGGUUUAUACUCAAAACAGAGGUGGAAAAGAAAAAAAGAAGAAACAAAAAAAAAUCAGACACGAGGGGAAAAAACCCCGCCCCAAGACAUUGGAGUUUGUUUAAUAUUAUGUGUCAUAUUUAUUCAUGUAUAUGCGCACUUUGAUGUCCUCGAGCAUAUUUUACACUUUAGUAAAUGUUUGAAAUGUAUUUUGGACAUCGCAUUUCACUCGUCGUUUAUUCGAUGCGUGUUUAAUCAUCUAUCAUGAUGUACGUUCUCUAAAAUGUUAUAAUAAAAUCUUAUCUAUACUGACGUCCAAAAGAAACUGUCCAAGGCUUGAAAUUGUAUUAUUCUAAACCAGCAGACGGUAUUGUGGGAUAUGAAAGUAUUAUGAAGUUCAACAUCUAAACGUUACAAUACACUUCUUGAUACAUGACAAUUGUUUGUAAGGUACUUUCUAAAUUACGUCUUUUCGAUUAGUAACAAUAUUUAUCAAAUUAUUGAACUUUUAUGUAAUAUGUAUAAAGUUUCUUGUGGACGUCAGUAUAUAUACGCCAUACAUUCCUCGCGGCAAUAUGGUGACUAUGAAUUAACAUUCGCGAUGUUUAUUGUUAUAUUACCUAUGACAUUCUAAUCUGUUAUCGUUUGCUUGAUAUCUGAUCAUUACACCCACACAUCGGUAUUUGAGAAAUACGGUAUGAUCUUAAUAGAGUGAUAAUUAAAUGAACGUAAAAACUUUCUGACAUUUUUAUUGCCCUUCGUUUACUUGAAAAUGUGUGAUCAGUUAUGACAUUAAAUACGUUUAAUGUAUGUCACCGACAGUAUCAUUUUGAUGGCGCAGUGUUGGAUUUAGGUGGAAGACCAUGGCAGUCCGGUUGGGGGUGGGGGUAAUUAUAUUUUCUCAUUUUUAAAGUAAGAACAUUUUUAAUUUUUGAGAAAAUAUGUUACCAUUUACCUGCAAAUAACUCAAAAUCAAUAAAAAAAUGUGUGAAAUAAUGGUAAUUGUUAUACACUCGGUAUUCCACCAUCGUUUUGUUGACUUUGUAGUUUACUCCCCUAUCUCCCCACCUCCCCACCUCCCCACCUCCUACACAAUACAUAAUCCGUCACUGUAGUCUGUAGACUUGGAACGUAUUGGACAGUUCAGAUCACUUUGAAUACAAAAGGUAUUUUUCUUCAGUUUAAUUAAUUGAUGACUGUGGAUCGUUGCACUAAGACCAGCAAUCUAAAAGCGAUAGCCGUUUCAGUUAAUAGACCAAUCCCUGUAUCGAUCCUUGGACCGCUAGUUGUCGUAAACUAUACUGAAUUCCAUUACAAACGCACAACCCAGUUGUUAUUGCUAUAAGACAUACAAUAACCCUAACUGUUGUAUACAUUUAUGGGUUAUUUACUGCCUACCAGAAUACAUUCAGUUAUACAAAAUCAGUUAAAUAUGUUAUUAUUUCUACUCGUAGCCGUUUUACAACUAGUAAUCUGACUGGUGCGUUUUCAAUGGAGCUUAGUAUAUAUUGAUUUCGUUAAAAGUUGGAAUCAUCCUUUUGGAUUCGGAUUCAAUUGAUAUAAUUGUGUUAGUACAUUUUGAUGUUCGAUUUUCCGAAACGGCUAACUGAACUAUUGAAUUUAGGUCCAGUAAUGAAAGAGGGUUUGAUCCGCUGGUGUGUAGGUAAACUAUGUGUUCUACCAGGCACUAAUACCACAUAUUGUGGAGUGAUUGGUGAUGGCUCAUAUUAGCAUAUUAACUAAACUUGACCGUGUUCAUUAAAGAGACCACCCUCAGUUCUCUGUCAUUGUCACAGGUUUCCGAUUAAAAACAAUCAAAACAAAAACAAUCACUUCAGACGCAUGUGCGGGAAAGUAUGCAGGGAGGGGUGUAGACUGUGGCGAGCGAAGGUUUCUAGGGGCCUUCCAGUCGUGCUCUACAAUAUAUAUAUAUAACGGAAAAUUUGCUUUCAACGGGGAAGGCUGACUACGAAUAAAUCCCCUGCACAUGAAUCUUUUUUAAAUAGUAAAAUGACAUAUUAUUAAAUAAUAUAUUUACUUGUUUAAAAUACUAGUAUAUGUGUAUUUAAUGUGUUUUUGACCUUAGUAAUGUUUAUAUUACCUUUAAUUGGAGUUUACCUCACAAUAACGAAAACGGUAUAUAAUUAUUAGGAAAUAAAAUAAAGUUUCAGCUAAUAUAAACAUUAGGAUUUCAGGAAAGUGUACCGACAGUGGGACUCCAAACUGGAAAAUAUAUUUAAUAUGUAUUAGUAGUCGAUAAAAAGAUUCUGUUUUAAAUCGGACGCACCUUAACAAUGGCGGCAGACUUAGAUUAAUCUCUUUCAGACUUUGUAUAUAUAAUGAAAUACGUGAUGUUAUAUUGUAUCUUGCAUCCUGUUCUGUUUCUAACAUUCACCUGUGUGUAUACGUGGUAGUUUUAGAUCACUUAGCGGUACGUCUUACUAUGAAACCUUACUUUGAGCGGCACGUCUUACGGUGAAACCUUACUCUGAGUAGCAAGUCUUACUAUGAAACAAUACUCUGAGCGGAAAAUGAAAUGUAGAACUAGAGCAGGUACUAUUGUCUGAAGUCGAUGUACUCAUAAAGUUGUUGUUUAUUGUCUAUUAACAAUACAAUUAUUUACGUUGUUUGCUCGUUGUGAUAAAGAUGUUUUCUUUACAUUCGACUGUGGUGUUGUAUAUGCUUAUAGAUCUGUGAUAAGUUAUGUUGCAUUUUGUUGUUUAAUUUUAGUUGUUUGAAUAAAAUAUUUUGUUUUAUAA